AUGGUCUCCGCCCCGCCACCAGCUCCCGCUCUUCCCGCUUUCCGCCUCCCGGUUCCCGCUGCGCCUCCAUACUCCGCGAGCGAGCCAACUUCGUGCGCCGCCUACCUGUGGGCCAUGCACCGUCUUCCGUUACAGAAGCCCGCAGUAGGGCCAUCCCCUCCUCAAAACGAUCUCAACGCCGGUGCCCAGUUCCUGGUCACUCCAGAUUCCGAUCCUCACCAGCCGCCAUCCUUCCACUCCGCAGCCCAAGGCCACCUUGCUCUGGGAUCAGAGAACGUAGAUGCAAACCUUUCUAGAGACAGCUAUUCUGACGGCGGAAAUAACUACGUGCUUUCGAAACCUGCUCCAAAUAAUAAAUCACUUCCGUCUCAAGCAACACAGUCAAUCUCAAUACCACGAACACCUUCGCUUCAAAUAUACACGGAUCUGCCAUCGAUCCAUACGACUGCACCACUCUCAAAUGGCCCCUGCGAGGCCGACACACCCAUCCGCGCCAGUUCAUUGUCUAGUAGCCUCCCCCGCCGCACGCCAAGUAUUCGGACUGCGCUCGCGGCGGCUCACUCAUGUGCUGGGUCGAUAUCCCCGAACUCGGCUUUCUCGUCGCCACAGCUGGCGGCCCUGGUCGAUAUUACCCCACUGCCUUCUCCCACCUUUCUGAGGUCCUCGUCCUGGAAAUCUGCAACUAGCAAAUCGCCAUCCCGGACGCCCUCUCCCUCGCCAAUAAGUGGGUCUACGUUUAGCAUCCGUAGAAUAGGAUUAUCGGAACGACCCAGGUCGUCAUCCGACCGACAGCAGGCUCAACCCAACAGUGAAUUUCAGCUACCGGAACCGGAAGAAGCCCCUGAUGCUAUACGACAAAAUAUGCACACUCGAAAUCGGAGCCUAAGUGACUAUAAACCUGAUACACUUCAUGUUCCUCCGUCUCACAAGGCUGCUCCGUCCAGAGCUCUGCUCCAUAACCACACGACAGCACUUGCUCAAGAUAUGGCGACCCGCAACAAUAUGCAUCGUGAGGAUUAUUUAGCUGUCCAACGUGGGAUAUCGUCCCCUUCCCCUACACGUCUUCCAACUCCUCCGCGAAUUGCGCCAAAUUGCCAAGGUAGCAGUGAUACAGAUCAUAUACCAAUACUAGUUUCACCCGUGCCUCAAACCCCAAUAUACGAUGUUAUAUCGAUUAGAACACAACAACCCCGUAGGUACCGGAUGCUCCGCAAACUAGGUCAAGGAACAUUUAGCAAGGUUGUUCUAGCUAUGAGAGACGAUCUUGGCGGAAAUAUCAGCUCUACCUCGGGUGGCAGCAAGAUACUGUCCUCACGGCUAGUUGCUAUAAAGGUGGUCGAUCGAGAAGUCGAGAUUCUCAAAACCCUGAAUCAUCCCUCCCUUGUCCAGUUGAAAGCAUUUGGCGGCGAUAACAAACGAGCUUUGUUAGUUUUAGACUACUGCCCUGGUGGUGACUUAUUCGAGUUCGCAAGUCGGGCAGUAAACCCAUUAUCCCAACAUAUCAUCCGCAGAAUAUUUGCGGAGUUGGUAGCUGCCGUGCAAUACUUACAUGCACAUUUCAUUGUGCAUCGGGAUAUUAAACUUGAAAAUGUGCUUAUAAACAUCCCUGCGUCCGUGAUACAAGAUGUGUCUGACUGGCGAACAUACCCCCGCGCCCUCGUCACUCUUAGUGAUCUAGGGCUAUCAAAACGCAUCCCUGAACCCCCAACAAGCCCUUUGCUGCAUACAAGAUGUGGCAGUGAAGACUAUGCAGCUCCGGAGAUCCUCAUGGGACAAGCAUACGAUGGUCGGUCGACCGAUGCUUGGGCAAUGGGAGUCCUUUUGUACGCGAUUAUGGAAAAUCGGCUUCCUUUUGACCCCUUGCCGGGAGCCAGAGGCGACCCUGCCAAGCUUCGCGCGCGAACCCCACAUCGGAUAGCUCGCUGCGAGUGGUCCUGGUACCGGUUUUCCAAUGAAGAGGGAGACUGGGACCCAGUUAAGGGAGAGCAGUGGGAAGGUGCCAGAGCAUGCGUUGAAGGUCUACUUCGGAGAAGCACCAAACGGAUGGGCCUAUAUGAGAUCUCACGAAUGCCGUGGGUACACGAAGCUAUCGAUGACCGAGAAGGGCUGAAAAAAGGGGAUAUUGAAGUUCCUUAGCGAGCUAGGUAUUUUUAUAUAUCAUUACUACACGUCUCCUUUUCGCUAACCUACCUCUUCCUCCUUCAACUUUUGUUCUUCGUCUUCUUUCUCGUUCACCCCCAGUGUCUUCUCACCAUUUUCUCGAUUCCUUUUUUUCAUUCUCUUUUUUUUCUCUAGUCCUCCUCUUCGAUUUUUGCCAUGGUGACGUUGAAUGCUACAUAUGAUUCCAGCCACCAACUUCGAUCCUUUCGGCUUUACCUUGCUGUUCCCCCAGCGAUUCAGGGGGGCACACAAUAAAGGAAAAACGCUUUUUUCCUGCAACGGUAUUCCCCUCCCACAGGCUUACCCUUAUGAUUUUGUUUCGCAUGAGGACAAAUGGUGAUCAUUUUCCUAAUCUACAUUUUUUGAAUUUGCACAAACUUCCUUGUCUCACAACUCUGUAUAUAAUAGAAGGAUUACACAUAAUGUACAUAUACAUACCUAUAUACAUAAAGUCCAAUAGAAUAAUCAGAUAUAAGGAUGC